GCCAGGCGACCGAUAAUCUGAUCGAUAAUACGGCCGUGUUUCGUACCCGUCAUUUGGCACUGGUUUCCCGGUUGUACAUGGGUCAUUUUGGUAUUCGAACGGUAUUCCCACCUCUAUGGAGGGUGGUCUGCAUGGUUGGCCGAUCACCCCUGAUGAACUGUAGUUGCAGCCUAAUGACUCAGGCAUCAUCCAUAAUCUUAUGUAAGAUUUGACAGUUCCCGGUAGUUACCUAGUUAAGUUAGUUAACUAUCUAUAUAAUAGAACCAGCAAACAAACGCCGAUUGAGAUCGUUUUACCCCUCUAUGGGCCGCUAAUGUCACUGGACUGAUUUUCUAGAGAUUCCUACCUUCCCUGCUGAAUUGAGUAGACAUUGUGCUUGUAUUCCUCGCCCACUGUCAGGUGCCCCCAAGCAAACUUGAUCGGGCCAGACAAGUCCACCAGUCCCAAUCGGGCGUUAGCGUCGGUUUGCUGCCCCUCGAAACCAACCAGCGAAGAACGAGGGAAAAGAAAAAAAAAAAAAAAAAAUUAACCCCACCAAAAAGGUUGGUCAAGAAAAACGGGUGGCACUAAAACUUCAAAUAUUAGGAUUCCCCUCUUUCUUCCUUCUCCUUCCGUGUGCCAUUUCACUCUCAUUUCCUCAUCUUCGUCUUUUUUUCUUGUUACUUAGGUUGAUUCCUAUUCAUCUAUCAAAAUGAUCAUCUACAAGGAUAUCUUCUCUGACGAUGAGCUUGUCUCUGACACCUUCGAUCUCAAGGAGGUCGAAGGUGUCCUCUUCGAGUGCGACUGCAAGAACAUUACGAAGAAGGCGAACGAAGACAUCCAGCUCGAGGGCGCCAACCCCUCUGCUGAGGGUGGUGACGAGGACGCUGGCGGUGAUGAUGGAACCAUUCAGGUCCUCGACAUUGUGGACCAGUUCCGUCUCCAGGAAUACCCCAAGAUGUCCAAGGAUGAUUACAAGAAAUACAUCAAGGGCUACAUGAAGAAGGUCCUCAGCAAACUUGAGGAGACCAAGGCCUCCAAGGAGACGAUCGACGAGUUCAAGAAAGCUGCCCCGGCCGCCGUCAAGAAGAUCGUUGCCAACUGCGACAACUACGAUUUCUUCGUUGGUGAAUCCUUUGAUGCUGAGGCUAUGCUUGUCCUUAUUGACUACCGCGAGGACGGUGUCACCCCCUACGCCACUCUCUGGAAGCACGGCCUUAAGGAGAUGAAGGUCUAGGUUACAGUUUGCUGCGAAUAAUGUCUUGAAUGAAAGAAGGAAGGUGCUGGAGAACGCGAUUAUCCUAAUCCUGACAGAGCAAGUGAGACUGGGCAAUCCCUUCGAGGAACCCCUCAGUCUCACCUCCUAGUCUUCUACUAUAGCUCCCUCUAUAUCGCUUCCUCAGUAUCCUGCUUGAGAUCAGUCACGCCUCAUGAAUCCCAAAGCUGUUAUGUCUCUUUCUGCAUUAUCAUCUGCCCUACACUAGGACAUCAAAACUUAUAUACCGCCCGCUUUUCUCCGCCAUUCCAUCCAGAAUUUGGAUAGGUGAAAAAAAAUAUCAGAUUCACCCUGUUAUUCAGGACUAUCGGUUUUUUUUAACUCUCUUCUACCCCGAGUAUGCGUAGUAUGUCGUAAACAGGAGUGUGGCUUCGUUCAUAAAAACUUAUAUACAAAACGACCAGGUAUAUGUACCGUAGAAUACAAGAAAUAAACAAACGCCUCUAAAUUCCCCAAACAGGAUGGUUCAGAACAAAUAGAGCAUCAACA